ACGGGAAGGGGCGGAGUCUGCAGCUUGACAACACGGAAGAGAAGAUGACCGCGGGUCCGUGACCGAGCUCCGGAGACUCAUGGGCUCCACAGCAGCUGCUCCGCGCGCUGAAAGAUGCUCAUCACGCUGUGCUACAUCUACCUGUGGCUGCGCUUCCAGAGACACUACACGGCCGUGAUCCGCAGCGCGUUACACCGCCUCAGCGCCGGACACCGCAGCUUCACCUUCAGCGCGCUGCACCCCGAGAGACUGGAUCUGCCCCGCGAGCACGCGCUCUUCCUCAGGCUCGGAGACAGAGUCAUCUACAUCACCGAGCCGCAGGCGUGUAUUGACCUCAGUAAGUGGACACUGUUGGGCUCUUCACUAAUUUCUGGUCAGCGGCUAGAAAGCAUCGCCUUCAUCAUACAGGCCACAUCAAGACCAGCUCCAGCGUCUCCAUACAGGACCACUGAGAGAGUGCUGAACUGGUCAGAUUACUGUCUGCCGUUAGCCUACAGUCCAGGACAGCCGUACCGGGCCAUCGCUGAAGCCAGCCUGGAGAACUUCAGCCGCCUCGGUGUGGCUUUUAUGGAAGAUCGUCUGCACAUGGGCAACGGGCUCCGACCUGAAAAGAUCGUUUCCGUGUUACUCCGAGAGACGGCGCUCCAAGAGCUGUUCGAGCAGCAGCAGGAUCAGGAUCAGGAUCAGGAGCAUCAUCAGGAGGAGCCGGAGCUCCCGUCCCGACACCAGCACAUGGACGGACACCACCUGCACCUCUCCAGCUGCCACGAGUGUCAGGAGCUGGAGAACAGCACCAUCCUGUCUGUGAAGUACGCCUCCGUGGAGAACAUCCCGGAUCUGCCGGAUGACUGCACCGCUGCGGAUGAGGAGGAGGAGGAAGAGGAGGAGAGCAGGAGGAGGAACAGCAGCGGGAAGCCGCCCAACGUGCUAGUGUUCACGGGCGGCUGCGAGGAGCAGUUCCUGAAGAUCCGCUCGCUCCUGGUGGAGUGUGUGGACACGGACUGCUACGCCAUCUACCACCUGCGUCCACAGCAGGCCCUGAGCGAGCCCUGGCUGGACAACACCCUGCUGCUGGUGCUGGCCACUGACCAGACGCUCACCCCACAGCUGCAGCUGCGCUUCCUGUCCUAUCUGAGCCAGGGCGGGAAGCUCCUGGGCCUGUCGUCCUCGCUGUGUCCCGCCGGACUCACGCUGCGGCCCGGAGACACACAGAAGGACCACCUCUGCAGCCUGACCUUCACCAAGUCCGACAGCACGGAGCUACAGAUGAGUGUGUUGUCCAGCGGGAGCGUGUUUGUACGGGACGGAGCCGGAGUAGGAGACGUGGAGCUCUGGGGCGAGAUCAGUGGCCGGGACGAGAGGGAGAUGGCCAUCGUGCGUGUGACCCACGGAGCGGACAGCGGGGAGGCCGUCCUGUGUCAGGUGCGUUUGGAAACAGCUCCGGAUGCCCAUGAUGCACAAGGCUUCUCCGAGCUGAAGAUGAGCAACGGCCGGCGCUACGAGGUUCUGACGGAGAUCCUGACGUCUCUGGGUCUGAGCUGUGAGCUGAGUCAGGUGCCGUCACACAGCCCCAUCUACCUGCUCAGCACAGACACGGAGCAGACGGGCCUCUUCCUGAGCUGGCUGCGGGCGCAGGCGGGUGAUUCGGGUGUUCUGCGGAGCGUGGAGGGGGAUCUGAAGGUGGUGUGGGCCGGAGACGAGUCGGUGGAUGUGUGUGAGGGUGAGCGUGUGUUACACACUGAGCCGCCCGAGAGCUUCUCUCAGCUCUUCAGCCUGCAGACGUACACACAUCACCUGCAGACGCAGCGGCUGGGCCGGACCGUCCUGUACGCAGACAUCACCUCCAGCACCAUGGACCUGCUGCAGGGGUACGUCAGCUCAUUUACUGCUCCAGUGAGCUCUCAGCGCUGACGGGGAACUAAUAGAGGCGUGUGUGUGCGGCGCUGAGCAGGUGGAAGCCAUUAGAGCUGUCAUAACGUUUGAGUAAUGUACGGCGGAGCGCGGCUGGAGUGAUUGGGAGUGACAGUGUUGUCAUUAGCUCUGGAAGGUAACCAGAAACAUCUACAGUUUGAUUUCCCCUGGCCUGAUUAUCAGACUAAUUUCCAGAUGUCCCCUGUUGGUCUCUGAUGAAGUGCUAUUAUUGUAGUAUGAGAGUCCUGAGUGUGCGGCGUGUCAGACAGGAAGUUCAAAACCGCGAGCUCAGAUCACGUGCUCACAGCUGCACAAUGAGCUCACUGCAUUUAUUAUUACUCUUCUGCUCAUUAUUAAUAUUAAUAGUGCUGUUAGGAUUAUUAUUGUGCUGUUUUGAUGAUCAGUAGAGCACUGGAUAUAGAGGCUUGAUUCAUCUGAACUCUGGAAGAUCAGGAGGGUUAUGAGAGGAGUGUGUGUGUGUGUGUGUGUGAGAGUGUGUGUGUGUGUGUGUGUGUGAGACGAGUGUUAGCGCUCUGUUUGAGCAGCACACAGUAAUAAUGGGCGGUCAGAGACUCUCACACAGGUCUCAAACAGAGCAGAAUCUCAGUGACCCCGUGACCCAUGACCCCGUGACCCCGUCACCUCUCUCUCUCUCUCUCUCUCUGAAGCUUCACUCUGAAGAUCCAGACCUGUUUAGGCUGUGAACUUUUCUUUUACUGGUUUAGAACAAGUCUUUUAGAUGAACAAUACAAACAUUUAUCCUUGUUUUUUCACCAAAACUAUUCUGACAUUUAAUCCUGCAAAAUAAAAGUCAGGAAAAUCUUAA